AUGGCCACGACGCCCUUGCCAUCUCUAGCCGCAGGAGGAGGUGUUGAGGAGGACGCCGGUGCCAACACCGGCGAUGAGGCGGCGGAUGUGCGGGAGAGGGACCUUGUACUGGUACCGAAGUGGAAGCCAUCCGAGGAUAUGAGGAACACCACGGGCUUAGGGAGAGCUUGGAGCGCGGCCGUGUGGCAGCAACAAGGGCCACGUUUCCAAGUACGGCAUUCUUUCAAGGAUUGGAGCCCUUCCGGAAUUUGUAAUGAACUCGAACGAGACAAGGCUGGGGAACGACAUCUCAGUGCGGCAUUCGGGAUAAAAGCAGCAGUAUUUGAUACUCAGAUGCUUCAGGGAGGGGGAACGCAUUUCCAACGAACGAACGUGGGACGCCUCCAUCUUGAGACUCUGCAGCGCGGGGCAUCCAGAGAAAUCAAGAUCGAUGCCGUCGACACCCGUGAGCUCCAAACUCGUGAGGUGCUGGGAGGAGAGGGGCGUAUCGUCGAGCUCGAAGGGCCUGCGGGAGAGGUUGGAGGAGACUCGGAACCGGAACUCCCGGACAUUGAGCUGCAGCACGCGGCGGAUCCAGCUGUUGCCGUGCAGCUCCAGAUCGAAGCGGCAGGGGUCCAGAUCCACCACAUCCAGAUCGAAGUCGCAGGAGCGCAGGCGCGGGCCCCCGCGGCGGACGCGCAGCAGGCCGUCGACGAAGGGGGCGAAGCGAACGGCGGGCGCGGACCGCCAGCUGUUGCGCCAGCUCUGGGCGCGAACGCACGUGAGCACGGCGUCCCGCGCCGGCAGGAGCGAGAGGAUGUGGUGGAGGACGUCCUCCGGGAGGUCACUGAUUCGGUCAGCCCCACUCGCCAUGGGAGGCGCGCUGGAGGAGGUGUUGAGGAGGACGUCGGUGCCAACACCGGCGAUGAGGCGGCGGAUGUGCGGGAGAGGGACCUUGUACUGGUACUGAAGUGGAAGCCAUCCAAGGAUAUGAGGAACACCAUGGGCUUGGGGAGAGCUUGGAGUACGGCCGUGUGGCAGCAGCAAGGGCCACGGUGA